AUCUCAAGCGUGAAUUUUGUUUUCCGCAUUCGCAAGCGAGUUUACUCUCGCGAGGAGGCUCAAUGAAUGAGAUUUGAGAAUGAUUUUCUGAACACUGGUAAGAACUGAAAUUCACUUUCCAUUUCCCAGUUGGUUGUAUUUUAACAAGAAAAACGUUGGCUGCUGUACAUUAUUCUAACUAAUAGACGAACUAGCCAAAGGCUGAAAGUCUCUAUAAUAAAGAUAUACACCUGUGUUUAAUAUAAAAGCAGCGCAUGCCGAUUUCCAUACAAAAUGGUUAACUUUGACAAGUUGUAGCUUUGUUCACUUAUGAUUAAUUGAGCUGAAACGUUCGCCACAGAACUAUAAAUAUGUUCAAUUUUACGAUUACAAAAUACCACAUUUUUGGAAGCACCUGCCAGAAAGUGAGACACUAGGUAAAAUUGUUCAAAAUAAUAGUUAAGCGAACGUUUCAGCUCAAUUGAUCAUAAGUUAACAAAGUUACAUCAUGUCAAAGUUGACCAUUUUGUAUGGAAAUUGGCAUACGCUGCUAUUAUAUUGAACACAACUGUACAUACACGAUUCUAACAGGAUGUAAUAAACAUAUCCUAGCAGCACACUUGUCGUAAAACGGUGCGACUUAUUUUAGUCACAACCAAGUUGCUGUAACUUUUCGUGACGGAAGUGUGCAACUUGGGUAGGUCAUCCAUGAUUAUCAUUACAUUCGUGAUUAUUCGUGAUCAUAAAACUUCCACCCAUGCACUUCCACACUAAUCUACACUCUAGCUAAUCCCAAAAACACAGAACUCAGUAUCUAUUUAAAUUUUCAGAACUAUUAAGUUUCAACCAUGUUGUUAAUACCUCUUUCGUUCAAACUUUCUGUUUUCUUUCUUGCUUUUGUUUCGAUGAAAUGUAAAAUAUGUGCAGUCGACAGCAACCCUCACUACACAAAACAAUCAUCUACAUUUGGGUGAAAAUGUAAAUACAAACGGCAACGCCAGCGAUCUGGUUGUAGGUGCGCUGCGACAUCAGCGCGAUUUGUUCAGUGGCUCCCUUGGCAUACCCGAUGUCACGACACGUGUGGGCAGUGUAAUACACGCAUUCGAAACAAUGGCCCGCCAACGGCAAGCACUAGAAAGAAAUGCCGGCGAGAAACCGUACGACUCUACCGUGGGCCCCCGGUAUCGCUCUCACAGGGCCAAUGUAAAAAGAGUUAAUGACAACCGACAUAAAAUCAUAUUGCCAUCUCCUAAAAUAUCCCCAUCCUCAACCGAUUCCCUAUCCUUUGUACAGCAAUCAUUCCCAUCGAAUACCUUCAACCAAUUCUUGAACAACAGCAAACACAACAAUAAUAGCAGUAGCAGUAAUAAUCUUCAUAUAAAUAACAAUAAUUUAGGACAGUAUUUUCUCCAUUCAAAUAAUCAUAAUAGUCAUAACCAGGCGAUGCCGAGAACGACUUUCCAGUCGAACGCUGGCUCCGAAAUCCAUUAUAAUCUGGCUAACGAUAAUGAAUCAAGCAAUUUCGAUUCGUUGAAUCUGGACGAUGAUUACCGUAAAAGCUCUUUUGGCAAACAAUCAAAACUUCAACCGACCACCGUUUCGAUUGGUACGGUCGGUCGUAAUCAACAUUUAAAUGAUGCUACUACUAGCACAGCCAACAGUAGCUCUAACUUGCGCAGUUCUUUUCAACCAGCAGGAGACACUGAACAUAACAGCUUCAGUAGAAACAAUCCGAACGUAUUUUUCAACUCGGCGCCACCGCCACUACCCCAACCGCCGGCAAUAGCAUCCCAGGUCUCGGAAAAGGAGACACUAUCCUCGCCGGCGGCAUCGGCGACAAGCAUUGGGGCUGCAAGGACGAUAGUGGCGACGACACCGACUACGACGACAACGGUAGCGUCGCCGCAAACGUCAGCAUCUACCAUGCGCUAUUACAACCACGAUAACAACAAUAAUAAUAAUAAUAGUGGCAAUCGUCGAUCCGCCCGAGCUUCUGGCGUCGGCGGCAAUCCUGCGAAUGACGAUAACGAUGGCGAUAACAACACUAGCAAUGACAAAUUCCUUCGCGGUACCACUGUCAGUCAAUCAUUCAUCAAGAACGUGAAGAACAUGCGAAGAAAGUCCUCCUCGUACGAUCUGCAAACUGCCAAUGCUAGUCUAGGGGGAGGUACCGCAAAUUCCUCAUCCGUCGGUUACAAGCAGAAGAGCGGAGCGUUGAUGACGACGGGCGCUAGACACCUUUACCGACGUGCACCGAAGGGUCCUGGGGCCUCUGAUAAUGACACUGAUGAAUUAACCACCACCACCAGCAACAUGACCAAACCGAAAGAAUCUGCUAACGUCGACAGUAAUCGUGGUUCAGGUAAGCGGAAAAUGUUUCAACCUCGAACGUUAGAUAGGGCGGAAAUUUGAUGAUUAAGUAAAAACUCAGCCAUUAGUCUAGAAUGUACUGUCGUAAAAAUCUCACAAGAAUGUACUCGAAUUACUUUAAUUGCAACCUCGUCUUUUUUUUACUUCGACUGCAAUUUGUACAAACGAUUUCACAAUGACCGAACUAAAACACUAAGAUGGUAAUUACUUUUAGGCGAAAGAAACUCAAGUGUCAUAAAAUGAACCAAAAGGAAAAGAUGAAAGAAAAUAUAUGCUUUAGAAGGUGAAAUGUAGCAUUUAAGUAUUUUCCCGUCCCUCUGCCAGCCAACAUCCUUCCGAAACCAACGCAACCAUUGGUGAAAGGAAAAAUCUCGUUAUGUUUAAUAUUGAAAUCGACUCACUUUAAGCUCCAUUAUUGCGUUAAACUCUUUGAGCACCAAACUGAAAAUGAACUCAACACUUUUUUUCAAAAUUAUGUACCUCGGAAUCUACUCAUCCGUUUUCUGUUGGUUUUGUACGGUUGGAAAGUUUAUUUAUUUAGCUAAUAUGUUAAUCGCCCUAAUAAAAAAAUACCAUAUACGGAUGAUAACCCAAAUCAUAGAAAUAUUUCACAAAUUGUUUGGAUGAACACGACUGGAACACGACCAUAAAAAUUUUAUUAGGGCACGCUACAUGUUUGUGAUUUUGUUUUUAAAGUAUGUCAUUCGAUUACCUAUGGCUUUAAACGGAUAAUGUGAUUCGAAUCAAGCCCAUAGGUUGUAUCGUUAUCGAGAAUUCAUUAAAAACGUACCAUGUAAAUGGUGAAUCAGCGGCGCUAACCGUGUAAAACAAAAUUGCGUAAAAAAAACGUGUGAUGAAAGACUUGAGCGUAUUUUUAUUAGCUUUGAGGGAAAAAUAUGCAAGGAAAAAUCAAUCAUUAAAUUUGAACUUGCUCAAUUGACUUGAUAAAAUUUUAAAUUCCAAAAAUUAAACUAACAAUCAUACCAACUACAUACCAUGUGGCAUAACCAAAUGGGAACUAAAUAUCUUUCCAUUUUUAUUUUGGUUUGGUGCUCGAAGAGUUAACCAUUCGCGUUGAAUUUAUUGGUUAAUUGUUCCCUUUACAGGAGUUAGCAAAUUGAAAAUCUCUAUUACGGAUGAAAACGAAUUAAAUGGAAUAAAUCAAACACAAAAGUACUUCCAAGCUGUCAUCAAAAAGACUUUAUCAUAUACAAAAGAGUUGAACCUGUUUUUAUGUUAGUUCGAUCUCAUCAGCUGUAUAAAGAAUAAAAUCAAACAUUUGUUGCAGAGAGCAUUUAAGGAAUAUGCAUUUUUAAAUAGCAAAUGAAAUCAUCAUUAACAACAACAGAAUGAAAAAUAUUUUAUUAAAAAAAAUAUUGUUAAAAUUAUCACUGUAAUGUAUGUACAAUGGAAACGAAAAUUACACAAACCCGUACACUAAACAUACACGGAUAGCUGAGUUUGACAUGGUUGAAUCAAAAACAGCAAACGGAAAUACUAACAAUCAAAACAA